UUCGUGAGCGUCUAAAAUCAUUUUUAAAACAAUAGUUGAAGUAAAAUGUUUGUCGUAUUCUUAGCUGUAUUAGCCAUAAAUUAUAGCGAAGCAACAUGUCCCUAUGGCACAAUAACAACUGGAGUGUCAUCCACUGAACAAACGUUAAUAGUAAAUCUGCAUAAUAACGUUAGGCUUAAAGUGGCCCGUGGAACUGUUCCCAACCAACCUAGGGGGAUAAACUUAAAGAAAUUGUAUUGGAAUGCCUGUCUCGCUUCGGAAGCACAGCGUAUAGCAAAUUCCUGUGUUUUUGCUUCUCAAACUGCAACCUGUCCAACUUGGUCCAAGAUUGGUCAAAUUUUAUACAUUGUAAAAAGCACUAGCAGUAGCAAUCGAAACAGUGACUGGACAUCUGUUAUAACAUCCUGGUAUAACGAAUAUAAAUAAUAUUCUUUUGGUAGUGGAUUUUCAUAUGCUACAGCAUCCUAUACGCAAGUAAAAAACUAUUUUUAAUUUUUAUUUUGGUUUUAUUUCAAUAAAUCUACAAUGAAUG